AUGCAUUUAACAAAUUAUGCUAUUAAUAAGGAAAAUCCAAACUUUGUUUUCAAUAAUGAUGCAACCAAAAUGGAUGUUGGUCAUAAAAGAUCUAUUAAAUCUGUUUUUGGUAAAUUAUAAGAGGAAGGACAUAACAUCCAAAAAUUAUGGCAAGAUAUGUAUAAAUUAUUUAUCAAAACAUUCUGCACUGUUUAACCAAUAUUAAGUCAUCAUUACAAAUCAUGUUAACCUGACAAUUAUGCAAAUAAUAUGUGCUUUGAAAUUCUCGGAUUUGAUAUCUUCAUUAAUGAUAAAUUAAGACCUUUUUUAUUAGAAGUGAAUCACACACCUAGUUUUACUACUGAUACUCCAUUGGAUUCGUUAAUAAAAAAAAAUCUUAUUAGAGAUACUUUAAAAUUGAUGAAUGUAAGUCUUAAAGCAAAAGAAGAAAUAAUAUCAUCAAGAAGAGAAUAAUUAUAAUAACGAGUUUUUACAGGAAAGAAAUAGAAAUUAACAUAAGAAGAAAAAAAUUUAUAAGUUUAGUAGUGUUCUUAAUAAAGAGAUUAACAUGAAAAUAACAAUUUAGGAGAUUAUGUUAAAAUAUAUCCAUUAGAAGAUGCUUCUGAAUAUAAUAAAUUUAUUGAAUUUGCCUCUGAAUUAUAAGAUAAUUGGACUGGUGCAAGUAAAAAUAAUAAAUAGUUAUUUGAUAGAUAUAAGAAGAAAUUAAAAGAAGGAGUAAUCUGAAACUCCUUAAUCCUAAUCUAAUAAACCUCCCACUAUUCCAGUAAAAAAACCAAAUACUCCUUAAAUGUUACCUAAAAUUAAUGAGAAAUAAAAUAAAAUUCAUCUUUCAAUAGAGCCUUAAAAGAAUGAAGAAAUAAAAAGCAAAACUUAAUCAAUAGGGAAAAUAAAAAAAGAUUCUUAAAGAUAAGUAUCUGACCCACCUCUACCUAAAUAACAUUAGAGUAUGAGAAAUGUUUAAUAAUCACUUUAAUAACAGUAAGCUAUAUAAUAAUAAUAAAAAUCCUGUUUAUAACCUAGAUUGUUUGAUUUAGACAUUUUAAGCACUUAAAACAGAUCUAAUUCUUAAAAUAAAAAAUUAAAUUAAUUCAAACUACAAUGA